CUGCUCUUCUCCCUCUCUCUCUCUCUCUCUCUCAUCCGGGGGCGGGGAAAGGGAGGAAAGAAUCCAAAAGGAGAUUUCAGUGACAGCCGGGGUUGUCAAAGAGGACAAAGUAAGAACUAGAAGCGUUGCAUUAGCACGAGAAGUCCCUUCCAAGUGUCAUCCCUUCUCCCUGUCCCUUCCCCCCUCCCCUGCAUUCAAUUCCCUUCCUCUUUUUCCAUCUCUGUCAGCAUCUUCUUCCGCUUUGCUUUCUGGUGUUAUAACAACGGGUAGUUCCUGAGGGAAGAGAGAGAAGAGAGAGGGGGUGGGGUGGGGUGGGGGAUCGGGCAUUGAUGGAGCGAAGUCAUAUCCUUCCAAAUUUGGUUCCUUGUGGAUGUUCUCCACGGAGUCAUCUUGAUGAGUCAUAAUUUAAGGCCAAUCUGCCGGUGAGUCAGUAUUUUACGCCCUCUAAGCUCUGCUUUCCUUUCCCUUCCCAAGAACAAGAGAGAGAGAGAGAGAGAGAGAGAGAGCGCGGCCGUCUCCAACCCGAUCUCUUCUUCCCGUUCUCCUCUUCUUCCUCGUCCUCUUCGUCUUCUCCAGCUCUGGUGGUACUAGUUGAAAAGUUUAUGUUAGAAAGGAAGGAGGGACAGCGACAGUAAUAGAAUACUAUUAAAAAGAAAAAGCAGGGAAGGCAUCGAGAUGGCUUCAACCUCGCGACAGGGAGACUCCAACCUCCUGUCCUUCAUCAACUCCACGACGCCGUCCGUGCUGACUCACAACCUCCCUAAGUGGUCCUUCCAAGAUUGGGAUAACCUCUGGCUCCCUGCAGGGAGGGAUACUGUGGAAUUUUUCAACCUCAGAGACCUUUGGAACCAGUACACUGAGUGGAGUGCCUAUGGUGCCGGCGUUGAGGUCCUCCUCCCCGGUGGAGACAAAGUGGACCAGUUCUUUGUGCCGUCCCUAUCGGCGAUCCAGAUAUACACCAGCAAGUCCCACGCUGCAUCGAGGAAUGGUUUAAGCAACUGCUGGAGCAAUGGGACUGCCUAUAAGAAGCUGGUCAAUCCGCGGCGUUCUGCUGCGGAUACAAGCUCCGACGUCGAAGGUACCCGACAAGCUCAAGACAAAUGGGGAUACCUUUACUUCCAGUUCAUUGAGAAUGCCUCCCCUUAUGGGAGGUCGCCUCUCUUAGAAAAGGUCCAGGAAUUGGCCAAUAUCUAUCCGGGCCUCAUGUCUUUCAAGAGCGCGGAGCUUUCACCUGCUAGCUGGAUGUCGGUCGCCUGGUAUCCUAUUUAUCAAAUCCCCCGCAGGCAAAAUGUGAAGGACCUGUCUGCGUGCUUCCUGACCUUUCAUAGUCUCACCUUACCAUAUCAAGAUCAUAUGCAGAGGAGCACCGUAAAAAGUUUGUCUCACACUGGAGCUUGGAGGAAUGGAAGUAUAUCUGAGGAGAAGAGCAACCGCAUCUCUCUUCACCCUUUCGGCCUCACCACCUCCAGAGCACGGGGAAACCUUUGGGUAAAUCCUGAAAGUGGAGAUAAUGAAAAAAUUGCCUCCCUCCACGAGGCUGCAAACUGCUGGCUGAGUCAGCUUAAAGUUCACCACGAUGACUUCAACUUCUUCGUGACUCACUGAACCCCCCACUGUGCAUGAUACGAACCAUUCUAGUUUUCUGAGAACCUCCUGACCGGCCCCAUGCCAUGACAUUGCUGUGCCGGCAUUCAGAUUACUCAAUGAACGUUGAGAAAGCUGAAUCCGGUCGAUUUUGUAGAUGUUAGUGAAGAAGAAGGCUUUAUUGGAUCAUUGAAAGAUUGAUUUUGGAGUACAGAACAGAAAGAUCUUAGGCCUCGCUUUUCUCUUUAACUUUUUGUCUUCAGAAGGUGGUGGUUCUAAAUAGGUGGGUACUUGGGUAGUUUUCACUUUCCUUAUGGAACAGAAAGAAAACUGUUUAUUGUACAGAACUCUUAUAUAUGACAUCUUGGGUUGGUAUAUUCAA